UUUCCUAGUGUUGUUUGGUAGGCUUUCUGCAAACAAAAGAAAAUAAUAAUAUCUAGAAAUGACAACAGAUUUAAAUUAUUCUACAAUAAAGUUAGCUCAUCAAGUUAGAGAUUUUGAGGAGAAAAGACUGCAAGACCGCAAAAAACACACUCUGUACGUUGUGCAUCAGUACUUGAAGGAUGAAGGGUAUCACAGUACAGCUCAGCAGUUUGAGUCAGAGGCCAGUCUCAGCAAUCAGUUUGUGGUAUGUGAUAACAUUGAUCUCUACACCAUCCUUCAGGAGUUUGAAUCGUACUUCUUUCUGCGGUUCCAGAAAUAUCCUAAGAUUUGUAAGAAAAUAUUGCCUGGAGGUGGAGAUGGCAAAUCAAAAUUACAAAGAAAAUCAAGCGAGAAUGGAUUUGACUGCAAGUUGAUUGCAAGCUCACUCUCUUGCCCAAAACAAAACAAAACCUCGUCAAAAGCUCCUGGAAACUCUACAAGAGGAAAAAACAAACCAUUUGUUUCAGAUUUCGACAUAACAAUUCUCCCGAUCACCGCUCCAAACCCCAAUGUUCACCUCCAACCUAUUGAAUCUGACUUGUCUUCUGAAAGAAUUCUUAAACCCAUCUCAGGCCUGGAGGGAUACACCGGGGAAAUGAAGGAGUUUGCAGACAUAAUAUCUAAGGAGAUUUUCGUCCAGGACCUGAAUGUGAGAUGGGAGGACAUCAUGGGGCUGGAAUCAGCCAAAAGGCUACUUAAGGAGGCUGUGGUGUAUCCGACCAAGUAUCCGGAGCUGUUCACUGGUAUCCUGGCUCCGUGGAAGGGACUCUUGCUUUACGGACCUCCAGGAACUGGAAAAACUCUGCUUGCCAAAGCUGUAGCAUCAGAGUGCAGAACUACUUUCUUCAACAUCUCGGCCAGUUCCAUUGUGAGCAAAUGGCGAGGAGACUCAGAGAAACUUGUCAGAGUAAUGUUUGAGGUGGCCAGGUAUCACGCCCCGUCCACUAUCUUCAUAGACGAGCUGGAUGCCUUGGCUGGUCGUAGAGAUCACGCGGUCGAACAUGAGGCAAGUCGACGACUCAAGACUGAGCUGUUAGUACAACUGGACGGACUCGCUCAGUCUGACGAACGAGUCUUUCUGCUGGCUACAUCUAACUUACCCUGGGAUCUGGACCCUGCAAUGUUGCGACGGCUGGAGAAACGUAUCUUAGUGGAUCUGCCAAAUUUGGCUGCCCGACGGGAGAUGAUAAAACACAACUUACCACCCUUGGUACUGGAACGACCCAAACUAACUGCGGACCUCGACUACGAUCUGCUUGCUGAGAAAACCGCCAGCUACUCUGGUUCUGACAUUCGACUCGUAUGUAAAGAGGCAGCCAUGCAAGCCAUGAGACAGGCAUUCGGCCACCUAGAAUCCAGCACUAGUGAUAAUGAGCUCGGGAAGUUACAACUGAAGCCGAUGACAACGGCGGAUGUGGAAGCAGCAUUAACUCGAACUAAGCCUUCAAACUCUUCGCUUGUAGGGAAAUAUCGCAAAUGGCAGACGGAGUAUGGUUCAACAUAACAAAAGAAAUAAUUGUGGUCCUUUUAAAGAAAUGCUGCAAUAUGAAAUCUAAAUAGUAAACUCUGCUUCACAAGUUGAA